GCAAAACAAACCCCAGCGUCGCCUUUGCGCAUGCGCCACGUUCCCACAUGUUAGUCGCUAACAGUUGUGCUACAUAAGUGUUAGCGCUGGAUAUUUCGCUGGUGGUCUGAAUCGCAUUUCAAAUUUAGGCAUCAACCUGCCCGAUUGGCGUUUGUUUGUCAGUUUGGGAGGCAUUAUUCCGUUUAGAGAAGAAAGAGAACACAUUUACGGGAAGGAAAUUAGCCUGCUGGCCCGACAGCAGCAGAGGGAGCAUCAUGGCAGCAGUGCUGGGACUUGUGGCUGGAAGCUACGAGCAGAUCAUCUUCGGUUACCGAGUAAAAACUGCUGAAAAAGAGUGGACCGCUGAGGCCGACUUCACUCAUCACACUCACACAGCUUCCAUCUCAGCUGUAGCUGCCAGCCAGAGGUUUGUUGCCACAGGGAGCAAAGAUGAGACCAUCCAGUUGUAUGACAUGAAGAAACGAACCGAGCAUGGGGCUUUGCUGCAUCACGAUGGCACCAUCACUUGCUUGCAGUUUUAUGGGGAGUCUCAUCUACUGAGUGGAGGAGAGGAUGGACUGAUGUGUGUGUGGAGCACAAAGAAGUGGGAGUGUCUGAAGUCCAUUAAAGCUCAUAAAGGUCACGUCACAUCGUUGUCUGUCCAUCCUUCAGGAAAACUUGCUCUCUCAGUUGGAACAGACAAGACAUUAAGAACUUGGAAUCUCAUUAACGGCAGAUCAGCUUUCAUUAAGAACAUCAAACAAAAUGCACACAUUGUCAGAUGGUCUCCUGAUGGUGACAGGUAUGUGGCUGUGAUAAACGAUAAAGUCGACAUCUACAAGCUGGAGACGGCCUCUGUCACGGGAACGGUCACAAACCCCAAAAGGAUCUCUUCGCUCAAGUUCCUAAACAACUCCAUCUUGGCCGUUGCCGGAGACGACGAGUCGGUUCGAUUAUGUGACGUUGACAAAGCCGAGUGGGUGUGUGAGUUCAAGGCUCAUGAAACCAGAGUGAAAGCAGUUGAUAGUUUCUCAAUGGAGGAUUACUGUGUUUUGGUGACUGCUUCAAACGAUGGUUUCAUCAAAAUGUGGAAAAUCCACCUGAAAGAGAAGCUGGAAUCUCCCACCCUUCUGGGGGAAGUGAACACGUCAGCCAGACUGACAUGCCUUGCUGUGUGGACCCCAUCCUCAGAACAGCAAACGGAUGAGAAACCAGCAUCUGAAGCAACAACAUCUAAAGAACUUACUCAGGUUCUUGGAAAGAAGAGGAGAGUCCAAAUCGCUGCAGAAGAAGUCAUUCUAGAGGACGAGAGCAAACCUAAGAAGAAAAAGAGCGGAAAACAAUAAAAAUAUAUUUAUGCAUUUAUAUUUGCUUUAAUAUUUGUCCCAGUGAUAAAAUUCAACGUUGCUUUUAAAAAUAUGGCUCCCUUUUGUCCUGUCUAUUAAAAACUUUUCGAACUCUGUUUUUCUGAAGAAGAAAAAAAGGCUGAUAAUGAUUACACAAUAAAUGCUUUGUGUUUGUGCUAUAACA